CAUCAGUAGACACACGAUGCAUCUACCAGCUACCUGAGUUCCUGUUUCUCGCUGGUAUCGACAACCUCAAUCUUGAUGAACUGGUUGAUUACGUGGUGACUUGGCGGGUUCUCCAGAAAUUGACUGGUUUUUCGAAGUGGCAGAUAGCCAAGGGAACGGCUGGACCACCUGGUGACCAUGGAUCUGGUAACCUACGUUCAGGUUCAGCAGUCUUUGAUAAAUUGUCAUCUCCUUACGCUAGCACUGACGCCAUUGCAGAUGUCAGUGCAUCGACCUCAACCUACUUGCCAUGGGCUGGUGGCCUUCAAGGUGUACUCGGAGAUCUUCAGAGAAAGCGACCGAAUCGAGAGCCUCUGGCCAAGACAAACAGGAUGGCCAAAAAACGUCAACACACUGACUCCUUUCCAUCUACUUUUCCCUCCAGUUCAAACCCAUCGAAUGUUAGUAUUACUUAA